AUGACGCAGUUCCAGCACGGACUCUUCGGUUGCUUCGACAACAUCGGUCUCUGCUUGAUCACCUACAUCGCCCCUUGCUACACCUUCGGUAAGAACGCAGAGGCCGUGGGCGACUCGUGUCUUAUAUGCGGCCUCAUCUUCUUCGUCCCUUUCGCCAACUUGUUAGCACUGCUGCAGGUUCGAGGGAAGAUCAGAGAUUCCAGAAGCAUAGACGGCAGCUGUGUUGGCGACUUGUGUGCCGUCCUCUUUUGUACCUUGUGUUCGCUUGUCCAGGAGGCUCAGGAGGUGCAAUCUCCAGGAGGGCAACACAUGGCCAGAUGUUAA